CGUGAUCCCGUUGGUUUCUCUCCGCUCUCCACGUUUUCCCUUCCAGCCCUCCACUUCUUCGGAUCAAUGGAUGUUACAGCUCUAACUCCCAUCUCACAUAUUGCUGGUGGACAGCUCCAGUAACAAGUGAGAGCGUUACAUGCCCCUUUUCUUUCCCCUUCUUCUUUCCCUCCCCACCAACAUCUGCCAAGAAGGAGGAAAAUAACAAGCUUUCCCCUUUUGUAUUCUUCUGAUUGUUUUUAUUUUUAUGACCAUAUCUAUAUUUUGUACUUUGUCCAGCAGUGGAAAUGGAGCAACCCCCAAUCUUUUGAUGCACUCUGGUUUGCUUUUUUGCAGUAUUUUUUCAAUAUAUGGUUUUCCAGCCGUGGGAACACUGUUCCCCACCUUUCCCCCUUUUUCCUUGAGUUAGUUUCUCCUAACAUCAUCUGGAGGUUUGGUGGCACUUGGACUGAAUAUAACUUUUCCCCUUCCGCAUCCCCUAACUCCCCCUUUUGCUGAGCCUUGCCGGUGGGGACUAGAGGAAAAAAAAAAAAAACAGAAGAGGAGGCGGCAGAAAGGGGCUGUGUGUGUGAUUGUUGCUGGUGCUCAGGACCCAAAUCUCUGUAGGUGUGUGUUGAAAUAUGGAGAAUAGUCUUGGAUGUGCUUGGGUACCAAAGCUGGCUGUUCUACUCUUCGGGUUUUCUCUGAUCAGCCUGAAUCUUCAAGUCACCGGUUCACAAGUUCAGGGUUUUACAUCAUUGCGGUUCCUGACUGAGCCUUCAGAUGCUGUCACCAUGCGUGGAAGUAAUGUACUGCUGAAUUGCUCAGUGGAGUCCGAUCAAGGAAUUCCUGUCAUUAAGUGGAAGAAAGAUGCAGUCUUCUUAAACCUGGCAGUGGAUGAAAGGAGACAGCAGCUGGCCAAUGGUUCCCUCUUUAUUCAAAGCAUAGUCCAUUCCAGGCACCAUAAACCAGAUGAGGGUCUCUACCAGUGCGAAGCUUCUUUAGAAGGCAUUGGGGCUAUCAUCAGUCGGACAGCUAAAGUCACUGUAGCAGGACCAUUGAGGUAUCUUUCCCAGACAGAAUCUGUCACAGCUUUUGCAGGAGACACAGUUUUGCUAAAGUGUGAAGUAGUGGGAGAGCCUAUGCCAAUGGUACACUGGCAAAAAAACCAAGAGGACCUGAUCCUGAGCCCUAGUGACACACGAAUGGCUAUCAUGCCCUCUGGAGCUUUACAGAUCAGCAGAAUCCAAUUAGGAGACAGUGGGAUCUAUAGAUGCCUUGCAAAAAAUCCUGCUAGUUCAAGAACGGGAAAUGAAGCAGAAGUCAGAGUUUUGUCAGAUCCAGGUUUGCACCGACAGCCAUUUUUCCUGCAGAGACCGUUAAAUGUUGUAGCUGUUGAGGGAAAAGACGCCGUUCUUGAAUGUUGUGUCUCUGGGUAUCCCAUGCCUACCUUCAUAUGGAUGCGAGGAGAUGAAGUCAUUCCUGUCAGAUCCAAAAAGUAUUCAUUAUUGGCUGGCAGUAACUUACUUAUUUCUAAUGUGACUGAUGAUGACUCUGGGACAUACACUUGCAUUGUCACCUACAAGAAUGAGAACAGUAGUGCCUCUGCAGAACUCACAGUUAUGGUUCCUCCAUGGUUUAUAAAUCAUCCUUCAAACCUCUAUGCCUAUGAAAGAAUGGACAUUGAGUUUGAAUGUGCUGUCUCUGGUAAGCCUAUCCCUACCGUGGAUUGGAUCAAGAACGGAGAAGUGGUCAUUCCUAGUGAUUAUUUUCAAAUAGUGGGGGGCAGCAACUUGCGGAUCCUGGGCCUUGUAAAGUCAGAUGAAGGUUUUUACCAGUGUGUAGCUGAAAAUGAUGCUGGGAAUGCACAGUCCAGUGCACAGCUAAUCAUCCCUGAGCCGGGUAAGCUACAAAGGACACAGAAAAUCAUAUCAUUAAUUAAUACAAUUAGCAUAAAUCCUAGUUUGGCAGCUACUAUUUCAAUCCCUCUCCCCCACUCCUUUAUUCUCAGUCAUGUUAAAAAUAUUUGUUGCAUAGCUUAACUUAUAAUAGCCUGUUCCUUCUUAGUACUAGGGGAGAUGCAUGUCUGUCUUGGUGUAACCUUGAGAUGCUCUGUUAUUGGGACAAUUACAGAUGCUGGGUGCAUCCCAGAAGUGACACCAGAGGUCAGAAUCUCUGCAUGAAAAAUCAAAGACAAUGUCUUCCCAUUCAACCCCUGGGUUCAUCUUGCUGAUAUAUGAGAAGAAGCUGGGGAUAAAGGGCCAGGGGGGUUAGCGGGAUGGAAGGUAAAAAGCCUAUAUGGAAUAGAGAAAAAAAAACUAUUUGGCUUCACAUUGAGCACUCAGAAUAUUUGUUAUAGGAGAAGA